UGAUACAGGGCAGGAGGUCGAGGCAGGAGGGAAGAGAGUGUGGGGAGUGAGAGGGGAGAGGCUGGAGGAAGGUGGAAUGGGUCGCCGCGCCUGCGCGUCGGUCAAGCUGUCGCUAGCGUCUGCUUCAGGCGGCCAGUACUGCGCUGCUGGCCGUGCACGCGGCAGCGCGGGAUUCCGUGUUAGCAACGCAGCACGCCCCGGUUUCCAUGGCGGAGCGUCAGGUACCACUGGCGCCCUCUUCAGGACGAUGUCGGUUGGUCAGGUUCCAACUACUAGGCUUCAGCAGGUGAGGCAGAUCAUCGGUGGCCCACAGAGAAGAGUCGUUCCAGCCGUCGCCCAGACCGGCGUAUUCCGGACCGGAUUCGGGGACGAAUUCGACAUCAACACGUUCGGAACGCUUCGCGCGGGCAACUUCGGAGUUCCGACCUUCGCCGGACCGUACGUGGACAUCGGUCAGUUUGACUUCGCCGCCCGCAAGGAGGCGGCCUUUGCCUCCGCUCCAGGAGACUCCCGCGUGAAGGAGGGAGCUCUCCAGCAAGUUCCCGUCGGCAAACGAUACAAGUCCGGAUUCGCCGCAUUCUUGCUUCUUAUCCUGCAUUCUUUUGAAGCAAAUAAAAAGCGAUUAUAA